AUGAUCGUGGUACGUGCUGGAUUCACAGCAUCUGAUGUUCUCACUAUGUUCUUGUAUCAGAUCAUUGUCCUGUGGAACUGUGAUAAGCCUCUCCCUGCGAAGCACCGCUGGCCCGCCACCUCUGUUCCAGUCAUUGUAAUCGAGGGCGAGAGCAAGGUGAUGAGCAGCCGAUUCCUGCCCUAUGACAACAUCAGAACUGAUGCAGUCUUGAGUCUGGAUGAAGACACUGUCCUCUCGACUACAGAGGUGGAUUUUGCCUUUACGGUUUGGCAAAUUUUCCCAGAGAGGAUCGUGGGAUACCCCGCGCGGAGCCAUUUCUGGGACUCUAACAAGGAGCGCUGGGGCUACACCUCCAAGUGGACCAAUGACUACUCCAUGGUGCUGACUGGAGCUGCUUUCUACCACAGCUGCCUGGAGUGUGAGAACAUGGGAUGGGGUGGAGGCAAGAAAAUGACUGAAGAAGGCAGGAGCACUUAUACUUCACAGAUCAUUAGAGACUUGACUGCAGAUAAAACAGCAGUUACAACACACACCAGAACAGAAGAAUGA